UUUUCAGCUCCCGGUAAAGCUCCAACCGAAAACAGUGAUACCACCCAAAGAUACACCAGGGGGUCUUUUGUUGGUGCUGAAAGUGCAUCUGUGGCAGGCCAGGAUCUUCGGGUGAGAGCUUCACGAGAGGACCCAUCAGAGCGGCGGUGGUCUUAGUUUGAGCUCGUGGAAAAUCCGUGUGAUCACAUUAGUUCAGAGCAUCUCUGACACUGAUAAAUGAUAAAUGGGAAACGAGUGAGGCUGUUGGGGUUUGUUGGCUUUGAUGUUGUACGUGUUGUUUGGCCGUUGGAACAAGUUCCACUGGGAGAAGAAUUUGAAAAUCGUUGAUCCUGAUUAGCUGUUCUUGCGAAUGAUGGAGCGUGAUUGAAUCGAGAAUAAUUAAUGUGAUUAUAUGUAUAUCUCUUGAUCGCUUACGCAGCUGUCCUCAGUGAAAUCUGGAAUUUGCAUAAAUAUAAUACUGCUAACAGCAAAUAAGUGUGAAUUCAAUAUUUGGAGUUAAUUGAAUAAGUGCUACAAUUGAUGUAAUCAUCCCAGUUGUUAUUCUCGUUAGUUGAAUAAUCAGAACAGUGCAUUACUUCGCAGUUUAAACGUUCCAGUUAUCCAGUAAUCAAAGUGAGACAUCGUUUUAUGCUAAUUAAUAAAGUUGUGGAAAACCUCUUCCCUUCAUCAACGGUAGAGUGAUAAUUAGUGAGCAUAAAAUUUUACGAGAAAAAAAACGAAACGAGAAAAUCAGAAGAAAAGUGAACCAAUUGCAGCUCAGUUGAAAUCCCGACGGAAGAGCACCGGGAACUGAACAGAAAAUCUCCGUUGGAAAACACCGACAACCAAUUGGAUUUACGAAAGGAGCAUCAAAUAAAUCACAUUCAAUGGCAGCAGCGAUUGCGACGGGAUAAAAGGACAAAAAAACAUGGGCCUCGUUCCUGGCAACAUAUGACAUAUGACGUUAAUCAAUGUGAUGAAAUAUCAACUUCUCGAAUGAAAUAAGACUCUGAAAUAAUAAGUAAUUACUUAGAAAUAACUGAUGACAUACAUGUGACACGUGAGCUGGCGUGCUUAAAAUCGAUUUUUCAGUUUCAUGAAUGUCACGCAAUAAGUGAAUAAGCUAUAUUCAAUACCGAAGCAGUAAAACGGAAUAAUCGAAGUGAGAACGUUAUCCCGGUGGGGUGAUACUAAUAUGAUUACCGCACAAAGAUGUCAAUAAAAAAAUGUCGAUCAACGAAUAUUUGAAUCGUACAUUGCUGAAAACCAACCUGGCAACAUUUUCCUCCAUUCAAUCGAUUACAAAUUCAACAUUUCAUAAAUUCAACUAAUUCUAUCCAAUUAUAAUUAUUCAAAUUUGAUGUGUGCGAGUGUUCCGUUAACACAGCCUGGAAUGGAAAACCUCUUUCUGUCGGAACACUGGUAAGGAUUUACCGAAAAACGGCUUUGCGAGGAAUCCCCGGCAUCACAUUCCGCGGGCGUUGCGUGUGCAAAACUAAAUAAACUGUGUGAAAAUGCGAAGCUCGGUAUUCUGCUGAACUGCCACGUUAGCGGAAAAACAACUCUCCUUUUCCCCCGAUCCGCAUCAGUUACCCGCCCACCACAUUACCAAAGAACCAACAUAGGUGCACAUGUUGCGGGCGCGCGUAUCGACAUAAUGUUCUAUGGCGAUAUCGGCUAUCAAAAAAUGUGAUGCUAAUUGGGUUUAUGUAAAUUAAUUAAAGGUAAAUGAUGACAAGUGAUGCAAACUGACGAAAUUGGACGCCCGUACUCUAAUAGCCUGAAUGAAGCCCUGGAUUAAGCCAGAUCAGUGCAGUGAAUUGAGCUUCAGGCACCUCGUUAAUAGUGAAGGUAAACCGAGCAGGAAUUCUUCUGAUGGACGUCGUACUGGAGUGGAGUGAUAAUUGAGAAGAAGGCUGCUGUUUUUUGCUCGUUUUUGAACCGGCCAAUCGAAUCUAUCGAACGAAAUGGAUUACAGGCAUUUGAUUGUGUUCAUCUUCGCGCUAGUGACUCUCGUUAAAGACUCCGUUGGUCUUCAGCGUUUCGCCGAGCAGCCAAAAUACACAGAAGUCAACCCGGGCCAGGAUGCUUUGCUGGUAUGCAAAGUGAUCGACAAACGAGGCGUUUGCUCGUGGCAGAAGGACAAUAAGCCGGUGGGGAUUUAUCCUAAAAAGUACGAAUGGGCCAGCCAGUACGGCAUCGGCCAGACCACACACAUGGGCGGCGACUGCUCACUGUGGGUUCGAGCGGCUCAGCUCGAGUUUGACGACGGUCUGUGGGAGUGUCAGGUCACUGCAAGCGAUUUUACAACGCAGGAUGCCCUCACCAGUCAGCCCGUCCGAUUAGUGGUCAGAGUUCCACCGCAACGGCCCAGACUGGAACACGAAGGCGUUCAUGUUCCUCCCGGGCACAACGUCACCGUAGACUCCGGUGCGAUGGCCACCGUAAAAUGUGUCUCGCACUACGGAAACCCUCCGGCGCAACUGAAGUGGUUUCUAGGUGACCAGGAAAUAUCGGCUCUGCAUCCGCAAACGAACUCCACCGAACCAGACAACCCGAGGACGUGGUCGGCAGCGUCCGUUGUCCAAAUCCCCGCCAACAAGGAUAGGCAUGGCGCUAUUCUAAAAUGUUUGGCGAUCCAUGAGUCGUACUCUGCUCGUUCGGUAGCUGUCGAAGCACGACUAGAUGUUAAGUAUGCACCCACAGUAAGACUGCUCGGUGCGCCUCAAAUUGAUCUGGAGGAAGGGAAAGAUUCGCUCAUCUUGCGUUGUCAGGCGGAUGCCAAUCCCACGGCCAGCAUCGUAUGGCGACGAGCGGGUCGCUCCGAAAUAGCUAGUUUACAAGAAUCACUCCAGCUCAGGCCCGUUGGCAGGCGAGAUGCCGGCCUGUACACGUGCCAAGCGCAAAACUCCGUUGGAACCUCGGAGACCCUCUCGGUUCAAUUAGAUGUUAAAUAUGCCCCAAAGAUAUUAUCGGCAGGCCCGGAUCGAUUAACAACGGCGCCGCUGUUCAGUCCCGCUGCCUUCGAAUGCGUGGCGGAAGGAAAUCCACAGCCCACGUACAAGUGGGUACAAAGAAUAUCAACACAGGGAAAACCCUUCCUCGACAGAGGACGAGAGUCAAGACUGGUAAUAGAUAACGUAACGUACGACUAUCAAGGCGAGUAUGAGUGCCGAGCGACCAACUUCAUCAAUGGCCAGGAAAGGACGGCCACAUCCGAUCCGAUUGCACUUCAAGUUGUUGGUGCGCCACAGGUCCUGCGAACGUCAUCAACUGCUUCGGGCCAUUCGGUGUCCGUCCGGAAGGGGGACUCGGCCACACUUUCACUGAUAGUGUGCGCUGACCCCCGGCCCCGGCACGUAUCGUGGGAGUGGGGUUCACUGCGGUUAGAAGCCGGAUCCGGAAUAGGCCGCUUUCGGGUUGAUGACGUGACGCAGGAUAGCCGGGAAGACUGUUACCUGGCGACGUUGCAUAUCGACGAUGCUGACUUGCAGGAUCAGCGGCCGUACUAUCUGGUGGUGGAGAAUGAGCGUGGUCAUGACCGACACGCGGUGAAUCUGCGCGUGGAGGGCAUGUUUUCAGUGGAACCACUGGAAUUGAGUUACCUGCUCGGAAUCGCCGGGGGAUGCCUGGCGGCUUUCCUAAUCCUUGUUUGCUUGUGUAUCUACGCGAUACGGACGAGAAAGUGUUGUUUCAGAAAUCGAAACAACUACAAAACGUCAGAAAAGGACAGUGAAAAGGCGGACUUGAAAUCUCGCUCCGACAGCACCAGCGUUCCACCACUCGAUUCCAUCUAUACGACCCCGACCGGAUUCCAUCAUCAUCAUCAUCCGAACGGAACUCCCGGCUCACCGGAGGCUAUGAAGUCGGCAGCAACCCUUACCACACAAAACAAUCAUCUUCAUUUGGGUGAUUCUGUACAUAGUAACAUCGGCAACGCCAGCGACCUGGUGGUAGGUGCCCUCAGACAUCAACGCGAUUUGUUCAGUGGCUCUCUCGGCAUACCGGACGUGACGACACGCGUGGGCAGUGUAAUUCAUGCAUUCGAAACCAUGGCCCGCCAGCGGCAAGCGCUAGAAAGAAAUGCCGGCGAAAAACCAUAUGAUUCGACCAUUGGGCCGCGAUACCGCUCCCAUAGGGCGAAUGUAAAAAGGGUUAAUGACAGCGGCAGUCGGCAUAAAAUCAUAUUACCAUCUCCCAAAAUAUCCCCAUCCUCGACCGAUUCCUUGACCUUUGUACAGCAAUCGUACCAUCCGAAUUCCCUGAACCAAUUCUUGAACAACAGCAAACACAAUAAUAGCAGUAGCAGUAAUAAUUUACAUAUAAAUAACAAUAAUUCAGGACAGUACUUUCUUCAGUCAAAUAUUCAUAAUAAUAAUAACCAGGCGAUGGCCAGAACGACUUUCCAGUCGAACACUGGCUCCGAAAUCCAUUACAAUCUGGCUAACGAUAAUGAAUCAAGCAAUUUCGAUUCGCUGAAUCUAGACGAUGAUUACCGUAAAAGCUCUUUUGGCAAACAAUCAAAACUCCAACCGACGACUACCACGGCUUCGAUUGGCACACUCGGUCGUAAUCAACAUUUAAAUGAUGCCACUACUAGUGGUACGGUGAACGGUGGUAAUACUAACUUGCGCAGUUCUUUCCAACCAGCAGGAGACACUGGAAAUAACAGCUUCAGUAGAAACAAUCCGAACGUAUUUUUCAACUCGGCGCCACUGUCCCUACCCCAGUUAGCAUCCCAGGUCCUUGCGAACGACACACCACCAUCUCCAACAACAUCGGCAGCAUUCGUUGGGACUGCAAGACCGACAGUGGCGACGACAUCACCGGCGACGACCACAACGGUGGUAGCGUCGCUGCAAACCCCCGCUCCAACGAUGCGAUAUUACAACCACGAUAACAACAAUAAUAAUAAUAGUGGCAAUCGUCGACCCACCCGCAGUUCCGUUGGGAAUCCUACGAACGAUGAUAACGAUGGCAGAGGCGGCGAUAACUACACUAGCAAUGACAAAUUUCUCCGCGGUACCACUGUCAGUCAAUCAUUCAUCAAGAACGUGAAGAACAUGCGGCGAAAGUCCUCCUCGUACGACUUACAGAGCGCAAAUGCUACUCUAGCGACAACGGGAGCAGCCACCACAAAUUCCUCAUCCGGUGUUGGGUACCGCCAGAAGAGUGGCGGAUCGUCACUAAUGACAACGGCUGCUAGACACCUUUACCGACGUGCACCGAAGGGUCCUGCCGCUGCCUCUGAUAAUGACACUGAUGAAUUAACCACCACCGCCGCCGCUAGCAACAUCAACGCCAAGCCACGACAAUCUGCAAACGUCGACAGUAAUCGAGAUUCAGGUAAGCGGAAAACGUUCCAACCCAGAACCAUAGAUAGAGCGGAAAUUUGAUGAUUGAGUAAAAACUCGGCAAACCAUUAGUCUAGAAUUUACGGCCGUAAGAAGUUUCCAAGAAGUCGUUGGUACUUGAAUUACUUUAAUUGCACCCUCUUAAAUGCUUUUUUUUUUGACUGCCAUUUGUACAAAAGCGAUUUCACAAUGGCCGAACUAAAAUAAUUAGAUUGUAAUUACUUUCAAACGAAUGAAACUCAAGUGUCAUAAAAUGAACCAAAACUGAUAAAAGGAGAAAAUAUGAUCUAUAGAUAAAUUGUAAAGUAAGGGACAUUGGCGUAACUUUCAUUCGAUGCUAGGGGUGCAGGUCAGUCACGAGAAUGCAUAGCACAGUGGAUUCACAGAAAUGUAUGCCUAUUUAGAGAAAUGCAUCUUGGCUAGAGAUAACCAUUGCAAACCCCAAAAACCAUUACUACGAGGAAGUGCUUCAAACGAACUGGAAGGUUUUAUAAAAAAUCCUAAAUAGGGAGCGGGACCAUUUGGGCAGCACCCCUAUUACCGUCCGCAACGUUAAUAACUCAGCCGCGUCCCAACCAACUGGCUUUAUUUUUCGUACAUCAGUAGAUAUCGACAGAAACUAACCAUGUACUGAAAAACAAGUAAUUCGGUAAUAAUGCUCUCUAGUAAUAAACGUUGCGGAAGAGAAAAGGGGGUGCUGCACAAAAGGUUCUCUACCCUACUGGCUAUAUUUCCGGUCCUGACGAUUAAAAUAAUGGUUCUAACGGCUUCUGCAUGUACCGUCUUCUAUCUGCAUCAUACCGCAAAAUACUUGAAAUACCUUUUCCAGGUCUCGUCUGGUGUCGUUUACAGCGGUCACCAGUGAGCCCAAGUACACAAACGUAUCAACCAUUUGAUUUCGCCACCACCACCGAUUGGAUCUCGUGGUGUGUCGCUAAGGUUAUCUUCUAUAGAACUUCCUCCUAUCAAGUAGGUUUACUGUUCGCAAUCUUUACAGAUGCGUAUUUCGACCUCAACAGUAAGGACGUCUUCAGUGUCUCGUGAUGGUAUACCGAGUAAAGGUUCCCCCAAACAGACGCGAUGCGACAGUCGCGACGCGAUUCUAUCGCUUGGUGACAGCGAUUCUGUCGCCGUUGGUAUGGAAGCGUAAAUAGAACAUUGCCGGCAGCGACCGAACGAUAGAAUCGCGGCGGCUAGUUGUUGCCGUCGCGGUGAUGAAAUCGCUUUGGUCUGGGGGAGCCUUAAUACUAUACGUCUCACGACAAGUGAAGACAUUCCACUGAAAGAGGUUAGAAUAAUUUUCUGUUUGUAAAUCGUUAUUAUGACUUCUCUCUCCUCUUCUAUUGCUGGCUUUUCUAAAACUGACUGAAUUGCACCCCUUACUCGUUACGCCAUUGAGUUAGGUAUGUAUGUACGUAAGAAUUUUCAUCGCCCUCUGUGCCAAGUUAACUUCUGUCUACAGUGACCUUCGACAGAAGGGAAAGAUCUCUGUUACGCAUAAAUACACCCUCUCUGUAGACUAUGUUAAGUUGUUAACCAUUCGCGUUAGAUUUGUUAUCCAAUAGCUUAAUAAAGAACACGUUAGCAAGGACAAACACGUAGGCGCAAUAAAAUCAAACACGAAUGUACUUCCAAACUGUCAUCAAAAAGACUUUAUCAUAUGAACCGGUGCCAGCGAAAGUGGUACAUGUUACAUUGAGUAAAUUUUUCAGGAGACGCAUUUUCCCAAAAACAUCGAAUAAUAAAUUCAUAUUUUCAAUAUUUUGCAACUAAACUGUACCAACAUGUUAUGACUGAUGUGCCUAAAGAUAGUAGUGAAGAUAAGCGAAUUUUAUGACAAAUUUCAAGUUUAUUAGAACAAAUUGCACAUGUACCACUAAUAAUGGGAACAAAAGGAAAUAGAAACCGAAAAACGUUGACAGUAAAAGUGGUACAUGUACAUUUUAAAAAUCAUUCUAAACGGCAAUAAACUAUCUUGAAAUUCAAAAUAGGAAUACAAUCUGUUUUGAAAACAGCCAUGUUGCUAAAUUUUCUUUUAAAUAAGCUGAUUUUAGUGGGUGGAACUGUACAUGUACCACUUUUUCUGGCAACGAAAUGGCCAUUGUGAUAUAUACCAGAAAAUAAAAUGUGCAUAUCUCCAGAUUUAGUUGCCUAAAAUCACUUUUUCGUUAUUCCCUUACUAGAUCUUUGCAAAUAGAAGCCGUUGGUGUAAAAAACUCGAAAUUGACAAAAAUGGUUUAUGUACCACUUUCGCUGGCACCGGUUCAUAUACCAAAUGGAAUCCUUUUUUUAAGUUGACGAUGUCAUCAGCUAUUUAUUCUAAGAAAUAUGUUGUAGAGAGUAUUUAUCGGAUUUGAAACGACAAAUAAAAUCAUCAAGAAAGACAUCUACAAAAACUAUUUUAUAUGAAAAAAAACACGUUGAAAUUAACACAGAAAUUGUAAGUACAAUAAAUACGAAAAGGGCAUUACAUGUAAAAACUUUAUCAUUUUCUCUCAUGACAUUGCAUUUAAAUACAUGCUAAAAUGAACAUUUUCGUUUUAUUGGUAUUCCACGAUUAAAUACGACUGCCAUCUUAUGAGUUCUAUACCAGAAAAUGGGUGUGGAUGAGAUAAAUUGCAAAAUGUUCAUAGUAAAAUUAUUGUUUUCCUGUAACUUUACAAAUACAAAAAAAACUGUUCACUAAUAUACACGUCAGAAUUUUAAAUUGACAUGAGCGAAUCAAAAUCAACAGAGAAAAAAAGAUCAACAAUCAAUCAUUAAUUUGAAGAAUAAAUAAAAUGCAUGAA